CUUUGGGGAAGAGAAGGGCAGGUAAAGACGCGCCAUGGUGGGAUUCGCGGGCGGGCAGAGCCCGUCGCCCAAAGAGGACCAGAGGGAGGACUCCGCUUUUGCAGAACGGCUGCUGGACACCGUCCUCAGUUCCCUGUAUGACUUCGGUGAAUCACCACCAGAGAAAUGCAAAAAGAAAAGGAACAAGAAAAGACACUCUCAACAGAUAACAUCAACCCAUACUGUAUCACUUGUCAAUCCUGAACUUGGUACAUCUUCUUUGGGCAAGAGAAAAAAUGUGUCCAACUUCUUUGACAAUCUAAAAGAUGAACUGGCAAGUGUUGAUCAGAAAAAAUGUGUCUCGGGUUCCAGUUCCCCUAAUCCACUCCCAUUCGAAAGUACCCAAGAAGAAAAGGCAACACAGGUUGAAGUUGUGACAUUCCACGGUCGACACAAAAAGAAGAUAGCUAAACUUGAAAUUCCUGGAAGUGAUGACUUAAAGGCAAAAAUGACUGCUGAAGAACCAUGUAUGGAUAGCCAAGAAUUUAACUUGGAAAAAGCCCGGUUGGAAGUACACCGGCUUGGAAUUACAGGAUUUACAAAGAAAGAACAGAGAGCUUUGGAGCAAGAACGUGCUAUCAUGUUGGGGGCAAAGCCUUCAAAAAAGGAAUAUGUGAACUACAAAAUUCUUCAAGAGCAAAUCAAAGAAAAACAAGCAGCAAAGAAGAAAGAAAAUAUGACGGAAAAUAAAUCUGAUUCUCUCAAGAGGAGAAAAAAGACAGGACAUGAAGAGAGGAAUUUGGGCAGGAAAUGACUUGACCACGUUUUUGUUUUUUCUCCAAAUCAAGAUCACAAUCACUUCAUGCUUAAACCAGGGGUUUUUCAGAGUGGAAAUACUUUUUUUAGUGGAAUCAUAUCAGGAGCUUUACAGGCAAUUGGUUUGGGCUGCAAAAACAAGGCAAUGGCUGCUAAGAAAUUUGAAUUUUCUGUAUCUCUUUGUGGCCAUCUAGUGGUUGUUUGUCACAGCUCCAGAUCUGGUCGCCUAACAUCACCCCUUCCUUUGUGACAUUCUUUUGGGACUUGAAACAAAAAUCCAACUUAGUGGUUUUCAAGAUUUCAUAGGAAUUGUGCUUGUGUUGUUCCUCAGAAGCUUCUCAGGGGACCUAUUUACUCAAAGCUGACUUGUUCUCUCUGGGAUGUUUCUUCUAGGGCAGGAAAUCUGUUCACACUGUAAAAUUAUAUGGGACAUAUCUCAGUAGUAGAGCAUGCUUUAAAUGUAAAAGAUCCCAUGUUUUAUUCUUUAUCCCUCCAUUGAGAAGGGAUGCUGGUGAAGUAAAUAAUGCAUUCAGUAGAGAAAUAUAUGAUCUAAGAGCUUCUGCUUCCUUCGUGUUGGCUGAGGAAUUCUGGGAAGUGAAGUCCAUGCAUCUAAAAGUUGCCAAAAUUGAGAAAUGCUAGUCUAGAUGCUUUGGGAAGACUACACAAUUGCAAUUCUAUCUAAGCAAAAAAUAAUAAUAAUAAGUGAGACAAUGUCUUUGGAUUUGUUGGCAGUGUAGUAAGAAUUUAUUUUAACUCUGUAAAACAGUGUAAACUUAUACUUCAUGUUUUCAAAAAGGUAGUACAUAAACAUUUGAGACAAUAGGACAAAAACAUUUUGCUUCCAAUUCAAAAAAUACAAACUUUGCUACAGGUAAAAAAUUAGAAAAAAAUUGAUUUUUUUUUUCUGAACUCCUUUCUUAAUCUGGUGACAUAGAAGAUGUACAUUCCACCAGAUCUAAGGAUAUAAACAAAACAUAUUGUGAUUAGGGGUGACAGCUAGUGCAAACAAUGUUUUUCUUACUUAACCAGACUUUAACAUAACGUGUGACUUUCUUUUCUUUUUUUUGUUUUGCCAACAUUUAAGUUAACAUCUUCCAUGCUUUUAUAACUUGAGAAAAAACAGCAUUUCUACCUCAUGCAUUAAUUCUAGAACAUUGUCAUCAUACCAUGUUUCUGGGCUGUGCUUCCGUUCACUAUAUUUUACAACAUUAUAUUUUUAUUGACAGUAUUUAUGUAACACAGGGUUAGGAACACUUGUGAAACUCCAAGAGGAAUCCUGCUUUUUUAAUAUUGAAGUUAAAAAGACAUCCUUUAGCUUGACCAUCUUCCAACAAAAACAUUUAUAAGGACAAAGCCAACCUUAUGGCUUUCUGCCAUUUAUGAUCAAAACCCCGUUACCCUUGAAAACCAGCUAUUGAUGCUACUUUCUAAGUACUUUCUAUCAAACCAGUGAAUCUCUGGUGUAUAAGGGGGAAAAAAUGAACCAUACUGUAAGGUGGAAUCUUCCCACCUGGUCACUUCCCAUCAUACUUCCCUGAGACAGAUUAGGUGAGUGCAGCAAUCCAAGCAAGAGUUUGACAGGUCAGGAGCAAAUGCUUGGCAUCCCAUGAAUGAACUUUUCAAAACAGUGGGGGUCAGCUGAAUAAAACAUUAUUGGCUGGGUGCACACAAUGCAUUGAGUCAAAACCAAACGAGCCAUGGUUUGACCUAAUGGAACGUGGAAACCCAAUCAGGAAUGACUUUUUCUUCCUGUGCGAAAGGGAAAUGGAUGAUAAAUCCUGAAAUUAGGGCAUUUUAGGAGAUACUGUUCUAUGAAUCAGAUUUUCCCAAUUGACUGUUUUUAGGCAAUUAUACCAGUAUCUGACCUUAGUACCACUUGUUCUAGUGCUACAUUCCUAGGGCUGAUCAUGACUGACUUAUGUAUACUUGAUUCGCCCUCUCUGUUAUUACAUGAUGCUGAUCAUGAGUACAUGAGAACCGAACUAUAUGAGGGUUAAAAAAAAAA